AUGAGGAAUGUACUGAGCAGGAUCACAGAGUUUCAAUGGUACCAGAUGCAGCAGAGGGACACGGGGGUCGGAAAAUCAAGCAUCGUGUGUCGGUUUGUCCAGGACCACUUUGACCACAACAUCAGCCCCACCAUUGGGGCAUCUUUUAUGACCAAAACUGUGCCUUGUGGACAUGAACUUCACAAAUUCCUCAUCUGGGACACUGCCGGCCAGGAGCGGUUUCACUCGCUGGCUCCCAUGUACUAUCGAGGAUCGGCCGCAGCCGUCAUAGUGUAUGACAUCACCAAACAGGAUUCAUUUCAUACCUUGAAAAAAUGGGUUAAGGAGCUGAAAGAGCAUGGCCCAGAAAACAUUGUAAUGGCGAUUGCUGGGAACAAAUGUGACCUCUCAGAUAUCAGGGAGGUGCCCCUGAAGGAUGCUAAGGAAUAUGCUGAAUCCAUAGGUGCCAUCGUGGUGGAAACAAGUGCGAAGAACGCCAUUAAUAUUGAGGAACUCUUUCAAGGAAUCAGUCGCCAGAUCCCACCCUUGGAUCCCCAUGAAAAUGGAAACAGCGGAGGGAUCAAGCUGGGGACCCAGGCCUUGCAAACCAGCCGGCGGUGCUGCUGACCCAAGGGCCGUGGCCCAUGGAGCACGAAGGAAGAAGCCGGAGCCCUCUCCAGCGUCCAGUGCGCACAGAAGGACCCUGCCCUCGUGACUAACUGCCUGUGCGAGAGCGAGCAGCAUUGCAUGCUGGGAGACCUGCAGAAAGCCAAGCAGGGAAGUUCCCUGAGAAGAGAUUAUAGAAAACUCUGGAAAACUCACCGUACUGCCACAACAUGGCCUUUGGUUUAGGAAAUGCACACAGCAGGGGGUUUACUUGGUCAUAGGUAUAGUUGCCAUUUUUGUUAAAAAAAAAUACUAAAAAUCUUUGGAUUUGUUCACAAACCUUGCCGUGCUGUUCUCCUCUGACUUCCCAUGUCACGUAGUCAGAGUCUCGUGGCUUCUCCAGGGCCAGGGCCUUCACUGGCCAGUCCACCAAAAGGCAAAGGCAAUACAGAAGGUUCACUCUUAGCUGGCUUUGGGAGCAAGCCUUUAUUAGUUUUCUGAGGGAAAUCAGAAGUAUAGCUGGACCAUCACUUAAACUGAGAACUGAUCUUCUGCAAAAGAGACAAAAGUAAUAGAAACUACUAUCCGUGUCCCUUUUCAUGUAAUCGAUGAACAUUUUUCUAAGAUAUAAUCAUACAUAAACCAACCGAAUCAGACUAGACCAUGACAUACGAUUUCGGGGAUGGGAGGCCUGGUUUAAAAGAGUUCAGUUGUUGGUAUGUAAGCAGUGGUAGGUGGAGGGUAUAAAUAGCCUCCAGGGUGCCACCCAGCCUGCAUCCUCGCCAUUGCAAUGAGCUUCUCCUCCUGGAGAUGAUUAAUUCACGGACCAUUGUUUUACUAGGAGACUAUGCCAUAGUGUCUUGUCUAAGGGAAAAAGCUAGUCAGAGGAUGUUGAGUCUAAAUUGUAGGGCAAACUUCUAUUAAUAGCAGCUAAUCGUGGGCUAUAGCAAACCAGCCAGAUUUAAAAUUCUGGACCCCGAAAAGUAUAAAAUCAGAAGUACUUUAAACUUUGCCAGCUUAGAGAGAAAGGCCAUCAAGCAGACAGAGCCAGGUUCCAAUUACAGGCUGUGGUUGUCAACUCCAGGAUGUGGACUUCCACGUAUGUUCCUCCUGCAUCUCCCAACUUGGGAGCUAAUUUAAUUAUAAAAUAUGGAGGAUAGAAAACUCCUUGUCUUGAUUCAAGAAUGUCUUGCAGUGUCCCAUGACAGGCAUCUCAAGCACUGUUAGCAGAUGGCAUCUGUAUGUGAUGACAGGGCCUUCUCAAGGACUGUCAGUGCCGGUCCCGUGUUGCCAACAUCACUGGCUGACAGGAUUCUAUGUGCUGACAUUACUCCACUCGCUGCAGGUGAAACAAACAAGCAAAAAAUAGAAUCGAAACUGAAACAGCCUCUCUCCAGGUAGUGUCAAGCUUGUGUUUGAACCUUCCCCUGUGUUAGGGAAUCUUUCCCUGGGAGCUUGCAUUUGUCUCGUUGAUUGUCUAGAUUUCCAAGCCGAGAUGGUACUGUUCCCAGAAGAGAAUGUCAUGACUUAGGAGUGGCUUUGCAGUCUGUCUGGGCUUCACCUUGACCAGGAGCCACCCUAGGUAUACUGGAAAAGCACAUGAGGGAAUGAAACCUCGCUCUUCCCAGGCUGCAGAACCACUGAUGUCAAAGCCAGGCAGACGCUAAGAAUACCUAACUAUGUGUCACUACCACGAACAAAGCAAGCUUGUGGCACUGGGACACACAAACAUUCCUACCAUCUUGGGCCUUCUCUGCAGGUAGAUGCUGUGGCCUUUGGUGCCUUUCUCCCCUUGGCCUGGGAUUCCUUUUGGGUUGUUUUAACAGAUAACCUUUAAUCAUAGAAACAUAUGUAAAGACCUACAAUUGCUUCAGACAACAGGAUCUAGGAUCCUUAUCAUCGUUCCCAAAAUUUCCUUCCCAACUCUCAUUUUCUUUCCUCUCCCAUGUGGCAGGUUUGUAUAUGUGUCAAUAUGAUGGAUGUUGGUUUACACCUACAUGUAAUCCUUUUCAGAGUGGCUGGGUUGGCUCAUGACCUGUGUCUGUAAGUGAGGGAUGCUUUCUCUGUAGAAACCCCUAAGGACAGCAAUGGAGUUGUGCAAGUGUUUUAUAUAGGUACAGAAUCGACUUGCCAUUUUUUAGUUAAAAAAAAUGGUACAUUAGGGUACUGAAUAUGAUGUUGCCUUGCAGACUAACUUGCAUCCUAGCCAAUAGUAAGGGCUGUGCCCAGUGGGAAUCCCGCUCUUUCCCGAGGGAGGGUUGGAGGAUGGAAAUGUUUCCUCUGCCGCUAAGGACUAUGGUCUGUAUAGGCGGUCCUCCUUGCCACUCUGCGGCAUUCAGGGCAGGGAGUAAGAAGCCAGCGUCGGCCAAGAGCUCUGGCUGUGUUCAGACCUGAUCAUGCCUUUCACCCAGUGACCCGGCAGUCACACCGUCACACAGACUGUCACCCUUCCUGGUGUUUUGGUGAAGGGUUUCCACUUGGGCUGGACCCAGGUUUUACAGGUAGACGAUCCCUCCCCAGACACCUAGGACCUUCGCAUCGUGUCCUCUGUUCCGUGGUAAAGCAUUUCCCCCGCGCUCAUUUGUAUCAUUGCUUUUGGUUUUAACCCAUCAGUAUGAUUCGUACUAAUAAAUAUUUUAAGUUUUA